AUGGGCCGGCUGCAGGGAAAGCUAACCAAAAGGCAGCAGCAGGUAGAGCAGCUGAGGCUGGAGCUGAAGAAGGAGCGGGAGAACGGGCAGGGCAAGCUGCAGGAAGCUCAGAGGAAGAUGAAGGCAAUGGAGAAGAGGCACAAAAAAGAAAUGGAAAGGAUGCGGCGCCUCAUGCAUCGGCACCCGCUGGCUAAACAAAUGCGGAUGGACGCGGGCUCUGCCGCUGCAGCAGCAUCCUUCGAAGAGGCCUCCUCUCCGCAGCCUGAAAACUCGAGCACAAACAGUUCGUCCCGCUCAAGCGAGGAGAGAGAGAAGCGGUGCCUGGAGCAGCUGAGGAGGGCUGUGAGCGUGGGAGAUCCAGAGAAGAAAUACACUGCGUGGCAACACAUUGGCAGUGGGGGUUUCGGGACCGUUUAUAAGGCCUUGGAUGCUGCCACAGGACGAGCGAUCCUGCCUUGCGUUAACAUAAAGCAAUCGGGUGAACGCAUGCUACGGCUUUUCCCCAUCUACCUACAGAGGGAGUGCAGAGUGAUGCGUCUCCUCAUGCUCAGAUGCCUCAUGGUACUCUGCAAGAGAUCCUCUAUGGCCAACACAAUAUGGGCCCUGACUGAAUGCCUCAUAGAGGUGCUGAAGGAUGAAGACAGGGAAGUGGUGUGGAUGACCCUCUCCCUGCUCAAUGGCAUGUUCCAGAACAGAGAUGUGCCAAUUGCCAGUUCUGUCGCUCUGCUGCUGGUUGAGGCACUCCAGCCACGCUUCAACAAUGUAAAGCUCUGUGCCACGCCCCACCCCACCCCCCCCGAAUGCUGCCAGGAACUGUUCUCUUGUGUAUUCUCAGUUCCAUGGCCAGGUAGGCCUGGAAUAGGCAGUGCUGAGGUUCUUGCUCUCUUCACUAGCAUGAGUGAGGUUCUUGCUCUCUUCACUAUCAUGUGCAGCUGUUCUCCCUUCACCUCUUUCAAGCAGUGAUGGAGUGGUAGGGGGAGAAGGAAAAAGGCCCCUGAAAGACUGCAUGCACCAGUGCCUGCUCCCAUUCUUUUACCACAUGUACAAUGAGAACAAGUUUGUGGCAGAGGUGAGGACACUGGUGUGCCCUGUGAAUAGGCUCAGCUGCCUUCUGCUCUAAAGCCUCAAAGACUGCAGCACUCCUGCCUCCUUUCUGGCCUUUGGCUGGUCCUAUGCCCUGGGAUGCCGGGCCAUCUCCCAGUCUUUGCUUUCUGCAGGCCUCUUGGGAAACCCUGCUUCAAGCAACGAUAUUCCUGAAGAAGUGGAAUCUUGAGCAGCUUCUGAAGAAAGAGGAGCAGUGGAGGUUUGGCGAGUGCCUGGUAAGGGUGGCUCAAAGCCCCAGACUGUGCCUGAACAAGCCCUCUGCCCUCCAUACCCAUUGUGAGGGGCUGGCAGCUGUGGCCCCUGCCUACUGCCCUCUGCCCUCCAUACCCAUUGUGAGGGGCUGGCAGCUGUGGCCCCUGCCUACUGCUGCACUCAUCACCAACAGACUGAUCCCUACACAUUACUCCUCUGUGGUGUGUGGCCCAGCAGGGUCUUCUCCAGACUCCUGUGCUUCCCCAAGCCAGGCUGUCAACAGAGCCCCAAACCAGCUGUGCUUUGGCAUCAGGACAGCAUUAACACUUCCUCUGGAAGACUCAGUUGAGACUUCCUCAUCUCUCUGCUUCCUCCAACCCAGCUUCUGGCUGGCCAUCACGGGUGUCUGUGCAGGGAUGUCAGUCCUGGAUGCAGGGGCCACACAUCCAAGGGCAAGAAUCAGUGCCAACCCUUCCCUUUGCCCCUUUGUUCUCUCUUCAGCUGGAAGAGGAGAGAGACAGAGCAAACGGGUACCUGCGCCAGAACCCACAGAAGUCCAUGUGAAAGGCAGCCAUCAGGCUCAUUGGUGAGCCAAAACCCUCAGUGUGGCAGUGUGUGUGUUUUGCUUUAUUCAUUUUACAUAAAUUUAUACAAUAUUUAUGUAAUGGUUUGUUCCAUGUACCCCCCUGUUUCUGUGAUGGUUCAUACUUGUUUACCACAAAGUGGUCUUUUGUUCGUUAUGUGUCAAUCAUCCCUUCCCCCUUAUGCCUACCUGUCAAUCCUCUCUCUCCCCUCUUGGGCGCCCUGUCUAUCACUCUAGGACCCUUCCCUGGCUUCUAGAAAGCUCCAGGGAGGGCAUCAAGUGAUAGGCUGGGGCCUGGGAAAUCCCCUACUGCCCUUCUGUGGUUGGUCCUCAGUUCUGAUGUUAACACCCCCAGUUACACCCCUGUUCAUCCCCAUUGGCUGACCGGUUGUCGCCACCCCUGAUCCCUCCCCACUUUAUAAACCAGUGCACAGCUGCUCUCG